AUGAAGAUCUUUCUCUUUUUCUGUAUUUUGCUUUUUUUUGCUGUCCUUAUUCCACCAGCCAGAAGUGAAGGGCACCAUAUCAUCUUUAAUAGGUGGAAGGCAUGUACAGCGAUUGGCGGUCGAUGUAGAAAUCAAUGUGACGAUAGUGAACUUAGGAUUUCAUACUGUGAAAGACCUACAACUCAUUGCUGCGUGAGAGAAUGUGACCCUAUGGACCCAAAUAAUUGGAUCCGAAAGGACUCAGUAGGGACUCAAGAAUGGUACCCUAAAGACUCAAGUCAUUGA